AGGAAGAACGAUCCAAAACUACUUCAAAGGAGUAUCGAUGGCAGCGAUAGAUAAGACGCCUCCAGUUAUUCCUCCUUACAGACCCACAACGGUAGGUGUAAGGCUCUUAACCUUUUAGAUCGUGCAAUUCUUAACAUUCCUUUUUGACUUCAUGUAAGUUCAAGAACUUACAUGAAGUCAAAUUAUGAGUAGCAGCCUAAGCUGAUCUGCUUUAAACAGUUUGCAAGGUUUUCUGAUGCUUCUAGUCUGUGUCGAUAUAAUUUGACUCGAUCGAUUUUUCAAAAAGUUCAUUUGCCAAUCUUCUGUGCGGUAGUCUUUCAUAUCCUCGAUUAACCGUCAUCUCAAAAAUACAAACAACGAGUAAAAAUACUAAGCAACACUACACCAAAACGUCUGAUAUUUAUUAUCCAAUUUCUUAAUUUUCUCCUCAUUUCCUAUAGGGCGCGCGCAGCCGACCGUCAGGUUAAACAGGUUUUUCUACGGUACAAAAUAACCAACUGUAAAAUAUCGCAGGAUAUUUGUACUCUAUUCGCGCGUCAUUUGUACUCUAGUUUUGCGCAGUUGGAUGAUAAAAUCAAAUUACCUUGCUGUACCCCAACCCAAGCCCCAACCCAAGCAGCACCAUAUUUUUAGAAGCUUACCCCCUUUAUAAUCUACCCAGUUUCUUAAAGACCAUACUUCCUCGCAAUCAUCUAUUUUAGCAAUCACAUUUCAAAACUGUUCAGCAUGAAGUUUUUACGGAAACGGAAAUUGAUUGGACACUUGGCAUAGUUAAUUAAAAAUAAUGAACAAUGUGCGAUUUAUUUUGUUUACAUAGCUUAACUCUCAUAUGUGGAGACAAAUAUUAGGGAUCAAGCGACUAAAGAAAACACAAAAACAAUGUCAGUUGACUGACUGGACUCUUAGCACAGUUAAUUAAAAAGUGUGAUCAAUAAGCAAUUCAUUUUGUUUACAAAGCAUGACGUGAUCAAAAGCCACUGAUUAGCGUGCGAGCUUAACUCGUAUAUGUCGAACAAAUAUUAGGCAUCGAACGACUAAAAAAACACAAACAUAAUACCAGUUGAAUGAUUGGACUCUUGAAUGAUUGGACUCUUAAUUAAAAAGUGUGCUCAAUGAGCAAUUUAUUCUGCAUGACACAAUCAACAUCCACUUAUUAGCGUCCAACCGCAACUCUGAAAUUACAGGCCCGCUUUCGCCUUUGACAAAUUCUGGUAGCCAUCGAUGAGAGCGUAACCACACGCAGACCACUUGUAUUGUCAACAAUUUUUCCAAUUCAUUUUCACGCAUCGGGAGAAACACUGCUUACUGUACCCUUUUGCUGAAAUAAAAUCGAAAUUUGCUCACUUGAACAGUGCAAUUAAGCAUUUCGUGGAUGACAAACUACUCCUUUAUUUUUGUUCGAAAUUUUUCUGGAUGACCACGUCUCUUUUGAGAAAACCAUUUUUCGCACCAAUUUUGGUCGACUUGACUGGCGUCAAAAGCUUUGUGUCUUUGAAUGCAUAUCUCAUUACUUACUUACGAAAACUAAAUUAUCUUUGUAUAAGACCUUAGUCUACCUCUACCUUAUUUCAAUAUAGGUUGGUCUUCUACUUAUGUAACAAUUCUGAACCGAAUGCUCCUGCUUCAAAAUCGUGCGGUGCGAAUUAGAUCUAACGUGUACUUUCGCGCUCACACUCGUGCUCCCUUAUUUUGUAAAUCAAACGUCUUGGUUAUCUUUACUAUUAAUUCUUUUUACACCACUUCAUGUAUGUUUUCCUAUGAUGGCGCAAGUAAGGGGUAAUGGCAUUACCCAUUACUAACGCCGUCAUUUCUUAUCUUUUUGUCACCAAUAACCUCAUGCACCCGUAUAACAUCAGAAGAGGCACUAAUUACCGAUCAUCAAUGUCGAACCAGUCUUAAAUAUUUUUCUGUAUUUUUUCAUAGACCGAAAAUGUGGAAUUCCUUACCGGAUGAUGUUAGGCAUUCUGAAGCUUUUGCUUCUUUUAAAAGACGUCUUCGAAGUUUAUUACCAAAUCGAUAGAUAAAAUGACUAUUGAGAUUGGUGGUUUGGCGAAAGAAAUGUUCCCGAUGAACGCGUAUCUCCCACAUUUAUAUACGGUUUUCUUUUUUUUCUAGUAAGGAGGCUUCCCUCGUGUAGGCCCCGUAGUUUCUGGAGCCCCCCUCCUUGCCAUUCAUGAAAAUAUGGUUUUUAUCAAAUAUUUAUUUAAUUUUAUGAAUGGCGAAAAAAAAUUUUUAUGGUGUUAUGUAAAGGCAUAGACCUAGAUGUCUAUCUUUUAUAUAUUUUAUGUCGCAUUUUUCUUAAAUAUGGAGCAAAGUGACGGUACACUUUUAUAGCUUAACAGGGAGUCUUGUCUUAUUUUUCUAGUAUUCUGCGAAUUUGGCGAACAUGCUGGCUAAAAAAGCAAAACAUGACGAAGCGGAAGGGGGUGGCAAGGCUGGGAUGCCAUUUCCAUCAUCUUUCCAGGUAAAAUUAAGACAGUAAUGUAAGGUCUGGUGUGUUCUUCUGUUUACUAGUUGAAAGAAAUUCUUUAAGGCUUCCCAUUGCCAGUCGGACGUGAUGAAACUGGAAUAAACAUUUAUUCUAGUCUUCAUCAGCUCAAACAAUGGGGGUUGUGCUCUACAAAUGAAGUUUUUGGGUUCUUUACACAGUUCUAAAUCAUUUACCUGAGUAAGACGUCAGUUCGAAUUCCUUCCUAUUUCUAAGCCUGCAAGUCAUACUAACCAUGCCUUCAAAAUAUUGAUACUACUCCAUAUGCACAAUUUACAACCAUAGAAUGAAAAUAAAUGUUUUUGAAAAAUACUUAAGCCCCAUUCACACGGUCAUGAUAGUUGAUGAUUGUUUCAAUGAUCACACGCGUUUGAACGCGAAUUAUCAUGCACUGUCAUCGACUGUCAUCAACUAUCGUGUAGUUUGGACAUUUUAAAAUUCGACAUGAUAGUUUCACCGUUUGAACGAGCGGAUGAAAGUGAGUGAUAGUUUUUCGGUAAGCAGUUUUAACUAGUUUUGUCAAAAACGAGCUCGAACUGAAUUGGCAAAGGAUAAAAUGACUAAGGUAGCUGUCAAAAUUUUGUAGAAUGUCUCGUAGUUCAGUUCUCAUAGGCUUAAGUAUCUUCAGCGUGCGACUGACUAAAAUUUCAAAUGCCACCGAAAUUGUUAACCUCGGCGCGCGCCAUAUUUGUUUGCAUUUACGCGAUCUCAUUGCGUGAUUUUGCCAACUAUCAUCUGCUAUCAUGAACCAUUUGAACUCAAACAUGAUAGCCAAUGAUAGUGAAUGAUCGUUGAAUCUAUCAUAGACUAUUAUGGGCUAUCAUGACAAUUUGAACGAGGCUUAACCCAACUGAUUACACUCUGUUUAGGCAACUAAGAUCCCCUUUUCAAAAUCUGCUUUUAGUUGUACAACAAUUCAAAUCUCAAGUUCUACGGCGACAGUUUUAUCAAAUUUCUGUUCUCAGCGUGUUAUGAACACGCUGACUUGUUCAAUGAACAAGAUUCGGAUGAAUCUUGAACCCUUUAGUACACUUCAAUUCAGUUCCAUUACCCUUUCCUGAGUCUUUAAAGAGCAGUUUUUGGCACAGUGCUUUAGAUUCAGCCAAACCAUGAAUAAGGAUGUCUUGAUUUAUUAUAAGUUAGGCUUGUGUCAAUAAAGAUAUAGAAAAUGGCACCCCGUUUCUCUCAAUUAGAGGCAUUGAAAGAUCUUUUCCACAGAGAAAUUCUAGAGAGUAUACAUGGCAACUUACCAGGUUUACAUCCCGGAGGCCACAUUACCCAAUCAAUUACUUGUAACCUGGUUACAAUGAAAAGGAACUGAACCAAUCAACUGUGGACAUGGUUACUCGGAUAAUGGCAACAAUGAGUUGCAUUACUAUUCCAGUGCUAGUUCUGUUGAUUCUGUUGGUAUGUGUGAGUCAUCAGCAACCAACGAUUGACUGAUUAAAAGUAGAUUUUAAGAAAUUUCUUUGACAUAAUAUACAUACUAUAGUGUGGCACAUAAGAGAUCAGACUAGUAGGCGACCAAGUUGAGGAAAAAUAAGACAUCAUGGUACUUGAGGACAUGACAGCAUGGAUUCAACUUCAAUGCCACUAUGUAGUAUUAACUCGUUUAUGUGACUUCCGUGAUUCUUAGGAUCAGAAGAACUAUCAGGAAAUUCAUAGAAAAGAAGCUGAUAGCAAAAUUGAAGACAAUUCUGAUUAUAAGGUGGGUAUUGGGAAUUGAAUAUGGAGCAUCAUUAUUUUGAAGGGUUAUAGCGGGUUUCGCCCAUAACGAGUUUCGCACAUAUCGUUUCGCCCAGAACGAGAAUGGUUUCGCCCAGAACGAGAAUGGUUUCGCCCAGAACGAGAAUGGUUUCGCCCAGAACGAGAAUGGUUUCGCCCAUAAGUAAAACUUCUACACUCUCACUCGGAAAACGUCAACCUUAUAAACGUUUGUAUGCACAGAAUGAAGAAAAGUGACUUGACCUGAGAUCAUGAAAUUUUGAAACGAACAAGUUACUGUUGAAACGAACAAGUCAAUUAUAGCUUUCACUGUGGAGCGGGGAUUGUUAAGGUAAUUCGCGCACGAAAUACUGCAGAGACGUCCGUUUGUCGUAAAAGCAUUGCUAUGAUUUUUUUGCAUCACUUUUCUUCUCGAGAAUUAAAUUAAACGCUUUUGAAAACACUUGCGCGUGGAACAUAUCAUCGUUGCAAAUCUUUUGUACACGGAAGUUAAGAUCCGCACGCCGCACGAAUCGAAUUUAUGCCUGGGCGAAACCAUUCUCGUUAUGGGCGAAACGCUUCUUGGGCGAAACUCGUUAUGGGCGAAACCCGCGGAUACCUUUUGAAGAAGUCAAAGUGAUGCUUUUUGGUGUUUUUUACAUGCUUUAUCUCUGGAUAAACCUGAGGUAGAGAACUUUCAAAGGUCAAAAUAUGUUAAACAAUGUGUGAGGACUGCGAAUUAAAUGCGAGUGCCUUUUGUCGUUCAUGACCAGUCACCAUCAGUCAAGCGAAUGUUCUUUAUGUAUAGGAAAGUAAAACUACCAUCUGGCAGAUAAAUUCUAUAUAAAAGAGGAAGCAAUUUAGCUCCCUUCUGCAACUAUCAUUCCUUGGCAAAUCAUUUGAGCUGAUUUAGGUGUUUGGGCUUAACAUUUUCUACUUUGGCAUUUAGGAUUCAUGGUCCAGUGAUGAAGGGGAAGGAAUUAGUUUGGAGGAAUUGAAGCUAACAAAAGGAUACCAACUGUUUAAGGAAGCCUUACAAGCGCACGCAAACUGAACUCAGCCAAGUCCGUCUGAGCAGGGUUCUGUUUUCACUAGUUGACAAUGAUUUGCUUGAGGCUGGGCUAUCAUGAGGCUAGAAUUUUAGACUUUUUAGAUCAAUGGCAUAAAUUGUUCAUUAGAAAAUUUUCUACAUCAAAACUAUUUUUUAAUUACUGCUUUUUUUUAGCACAUACUUAUAGCUAUUGAAAUAGUUUAUUUUUGCGAUAAGAUCUCAAUUAAAUACUUUAUGAUGUAAUUUGUAAUCUGCACCAACCAUUUUGCUCGAUGCAGUUUUUAGUAUUGAAUAGAAGUGUUUCUGAAAAUUAUAUUUCUAUACAAAGAUCCAAGGACACAUUUGACGAAACAUCAAAUAUUUUUAUAUGACGAACCUUUUUUUUAUAAAGGGGUAAGUUUCUAAAGAAACUCUGGUGCUGCGUCGGUGGGAGAGUAUAGCAGGUUAUUUAGUGCUCUGACGAAGGGCUAACGCUCGAAACGUCAGCUUUUUUACUCUUUACGGUGGCUAAUUUAGGUUUUUUUUAUAUUUUACAACUGAUGUAUAUUUGAACCAUUGAACCAUUUUCCAAUGAGUUCAGUUUUUUUAUAAAGUAUAUAGGUGUCUGCUUUUUUAUCACAUACUUAUAGCUAUUGAAAAAAUAUAUAUCUUUUGGAGAUAAGAUCCCAAUUAAAUACUUUAUUAUGUAGUUUGUACAUAUUUUUAGCCAGACAACCCAUUUUUCUAUUUUGUCAAUUAAUGUAUCUUUGAACCAUUGUGUUUGGUACAGUUUUUGAUUUUGAAUAGAAGUGUUUCUCAAAAUUAUACUUCUAUACAAAGAUCCAAGGAAAAAUUUGACAAAACAUCAUCAAAUAUUUUUAUUUAAAGAGCCCAUUUUUUAUAUUUUGCAAUUGAUGUAUAUUUGAACCAUUGAACAAUUUUUUUAUUUUCCAAUGUGCUCAGUUUUUUACACGGUAUAUAGGUGUCUGCUUUUUUUGUAGCACAUACUUAUAGCUAUUGAAAUAAUAUUUUUUGGAGAUAAGAUCCCAAGAUCCCGUCGAGUGUAAUUAUAAUGAGUUAAUUUGGGUGGGGUUUCACAACUGAACUCAAUCGCUAUUGGCAAACACAUCACACAUCACAUUAAUGAAUGCUGAUUGCUCUAUGAGAAAAAUUGAUCCAAAUCACCUGUCAUGUAGUGUAAACCAGAACAGAAAGUUGUUGCCUCCCAUUAACACCUUUAAGGUUUGGGGAAAUUUUGGUGGUCAAAUGUUGAAUUGCUAGUUUGUUUGCAUGCUUUUUGCAGUUUAUAUUUGCUUUCAUCCAGAUUGCUGAAAUAAAACCUAACAAAAAUAUAAAUAUAACAAGAUGUUGGCUCUAACAAGUACUUUAUGCGAAGAGAAUCAAAGUGAUUUGAACAUUUAAUCUUGAAUCAGCUCUACUUGCCUUUCCACCAAUCAGCCUCUGAAUUGUCACCCUUACUUAAGGAAUUCUUAAAACUCAACCUCAAAAUCAUCAGAUAACGAGUGUACAUGGUAAUGUUUUUUUUAGUUCUGUGAUAGAAAAACAAAACUCUUACAGGUCUUGAAGUAUUUAAACCAAAGAAAUGUCAAGUUUCAAUCAAUUUUUCUCCGUUUGGAAUAUUAAAAGUAUCUUAAGAUUGACACAAAAUUAUUUCCCUUCACUUCACAUUAUGCCAGAAUCAGAUUUUCCCGCCAAUAAUCAAACGGAACACCUUCUCUUUGGAUCCACCCCGAUAUAAAUCUCCUUCUUAACACCAGUCAAUGAAAAAAGUUUUAAGAGUUCAUUGGUACGUGAUUUUCAUGAUGCCUCAGUUUUUAUUCCCGUCGAAGUUCUGUACACCUUGAUAUUAAAUUCGAAUCACACACAUAUAUUUUUUAAAAUGUGCUCCUUAGAAAUGUAAUGAUUACAUCAAUGAAAUCGUGCAGUUUUGGUGAAUAAACGAUGCAGGUAUAGCAAAAAAUAUAAAUAAUGAUAAUGAAAAAGAAAACUAUUCAAUACAAUUCUCCCACAAUUCUCCCACAAUUCUCAUAGGUGAUUUAUUAUUACUAGCCAAAUUUGACCAUUAAGUAAAGAAAUUGUAUGUGCCAUCCUUUUUAUUGAAGGGUGUAAUAUGGGCGUUUCCUGCCGGUCAUGCCCUCAGACCUUAGAAAACUGAGGAAAUGAAGGCACUCUGGUGUAAAUUAAGUCAUAAUUUCAAAACAGAGGGCAAGAUUUCCGCACAACCCGAUACUAUUGGGAAC